CAAAACAAGUGAAUGAUCCUCGGUGAAGACUCAUCUGGAGAUUGAGGUGAGAAGUGAUUGAAACCAUUUUCUGCAUGGAGGCGCAUCGAGGAUCACCCUCACCCAGCGAACAAGUGAAUCGCACGGUGGGCUUCUUACUUGGCCGUGGUGAGCCACAUCGGUGAAUGAGAAAUAAAUCUCGCCAUCUUGAUUUUUCCGUACAUUCUCAGCUCUACACGGUAGUCAUUCAGCAGCAGUCAGUGUCAGUGGUUGUGUCCGAAAGGUUCGAAGAAGUCAAUUAAAAUUAGGGUAGAUGCGUUAACUGAUUUGCUGAUUGCUGCCAGUUUGGAGCCAUUUUUCCGCCUCAAUUGGAAUUGAUAGUGCGAAUGAGGUGUGCAAAAUGUGAUCGUUGAUCGAUGAAUGGUGCAAAAGAUGUGUCUAAACUCGGUGUUGAAUGCUGGAUCGUACGCCAUGGCAGCAGUGUUAUUAACAAGUGGGCUCGUGGGCUUGUUAGCCGAAGUGGAGGGUGGUUAUUAAAUGGUGGAUUUGAGGCUUUUAAUUGCCCAGUGUUAAUCGCGCAUUCGUAAGUGCUCUCGUUUUGUUCUUUUCUGCUUCCUUCGCCCGUGCUGGCGAGUUAUUAGGAGGUUGAAUGAACUUGUGGCGGUUCGGCGGAGUGCAGGAACGAUAUAUUCUAAUAUUGAACAUCCUGUGUCGAAAACAACAUCCAAUUUCUUCGAGAGUAAAUGGCGAAAAUGGACUCUGUGCAGACGAUCGCACUGGAGUGAUCGAGCGCCCCGUGGCAGCAGUGCAGUGUAGACAGAGGGAGUAAAAAAAAGAGCAUUAUUAGUCGUGUGCCAUAAAUUUUAGUUAAGCUGUUGCUCACCCUAGCUAAAUCUAGGUUACCAGAAUGACAAAUUCUGGUCAUGCAGUUGUUGUUUGGGAGUUUGAAUCUCGUGGUGCCAAAUGGCUCCCGUACAGUCCAGCUGUGUCGCAGCACUUGGAACGAGCUCACGGCAAAAAGCUCACCCGUGUUCUGCUGAGCGAUGCAGAUCCAUCCUUAGAACAGUACUAUGUCAACGUUCGUACUAUGACCCAAUGCUGCGAGGAUCAAGAGUUUGCCGUGACAAAUGUUCGAAGGCAUUUCUACAAACCAAGUUCACCAGCUGGCAAAGGAACCAAAUGGGAGUGGUGUGGAUCAUCCGGGAACGACUGGCAUAGUUACACCAUGGAAGUUCAAUGCGUGAUAGAAGAAGCUUGGGCUCGAGGUGACCAAACGAUUGAUCUAACAAAGACCCAUCUCAUCCUACCGUACACCAUAAACUUCUUGAAUCUCACACAAAUACGCCAUCAAAAUGGACCUCUGAGAAGCAUACGACGGAUACAGCAAGCCCCGUACCCCCUCGUAAAGCUACCGCCAAAUCAUCAGACUCCAGCAGCUCCCCAGUCUUCCCACUCCGUUCCAAACCUUCCCCCAAAACCAAGCCAAUUAAUUUCAAGUGGAGCGAGUUCGUGUUCUUCCAAUACAUCCGGUUCGCAGCAGUCCACAUCGCAUCUUCAUUCCAAAUCCAAAUCCCAGCCGGUGCUAUGCGCUAACCAGCCAAAACGACCCACCAAAGUUCUCAAAGCCGGCAAGCAGAUAGACAUGGUUCCGGUAACACCGACCAACCUGGCCCGUCAAAUAUUACACAAUCUCAACAUCUUCGGUUCGAAGCAUUCGCAACACCAAGAACUCCCCGAUUACCCACAGAACUCCGCCCCUUCCACAUCCAGCCAGCACCAGAACCAUCAGCAGUUCCAGUCGAACCACGCCCACCAGCAAUCGCUUCGCAGCCACCCGAGCAGUCGAUCGAUGGGAUUCCAACGGCACCGGAGCAAAUCGCGCAGCCGAGGCGAAUCGUUGAUCGAAACCGAUUCCUCGAGCAUUAACUCGGGUCGAAGGCCCAGCGUAGACACGGUGUCCACCUACCUCAGUCAGGAAAGCAAGGACAGCACCGGCCGGAAGAGCAACAAUCUCGGAUCCGUUUCCGACCUGCUGGACUGCUCGAUGGGAAGCGAUGACGUGUUCACGUCCGCUUCGUCGCAGCAGAACAUUCCCGGAGCUAUUGUCGGUGUGGAUCCGGCCAGUGAUAUGAUAUCGCGGUUCGUGAGAGUGGUGGAUCCGCCACAGUGGCCCCAUGCUCAACCCUGCCCGAUGUGUAUGGAGGAGUUGCGCCACAAUAAUCACAACCCAACGGUUUCGCUAUCGCGCUGUCAGCAUCUCAUGCAUCUGAACUGUCUGAAUGAGUUGAUCCUGGGGCAGCAGAAGGAAAAUCAAAAGAGUCUAUACAUCGAAUGUCCAAUUUGCAUGUCCGUAUACGGAGAGAAAAUUGGCGAUCAGCCACCAGGCACUAUGUCAUGGAUCGUUAUUCCGAGAAGUCUCCCUGGUCACGAAGGACAAAACACCAUUCAAAUUACGUACAACAUUGCUUCCGGCAUCCAAGCCAAAGAGCAUCCCCAUCCGGGACGUGCAUUCUUCGCCGUGGGAUUUCCUCGAACAUGCUUCCUUCCGGAUGGCCUACUCGGGCGUAAAAUACUUCGCUAUCUAAAGAUAGCCUUCGAUCGGCGACUGUUGUUCUCGAUUGGCCGUUCGGCAACCACCGGCCGAGAGGAUGUCGUGCUUUGGAACAGCGUGGAGCACAAGACACAGUAUUCGAUGUUUCCGGAUCCGCAGUACAUGCAGCGAUGCAUGCAACAGUUGGUGCAUCUUGGCGUAACCGAUUGAGAUCGGUGCCCCGGGUGGGGGCUUUAAAGGUUUGUUUUUUGGAUUGUUUUGUUUUUAUGUUCUGUUAUAAUCAAACGUACUGAAGUGACAAGACUGUGAGUUUGCGCGUGUGAGUUUUAUUAGUAUAAGAACUGAUCAGAAGCAGCUGAGUGAUCAAUCAGGACUUUUUAAAUGACAAUUUUAAAUGCUCCAUGACAUGUGUUCUUCCAUAUGUGGUUCUGAAUGUAUUUUAAAACCGAAACAAGGUAACGUGUAUAUGAGGAUAAUGAAAGAUGUACAACAAUUGGCAUCGUAAUGAAUCGUUGUUUGAAUCAUUCACUCAUCGAUCAUCAUCUGAAUCUUCCAUCAGAACAAAGACUAACUAUGUGCCAAUAAUAUGUCGAAAUUUGUAAAUAGUGUUUUUUUAAUAUCACAUCUUUCCAAUAGGCGAUUUACACGCAGACACUAUAUGUACUGUUAGCAAAUGAAAAAAUCUCUAAGAGGUUAUGAUCUUUCAUGUAUUUUAUCUAUUAAGCUCGUAAUUCGUAAAAUCGUAAUUUAGCCCAUCAAAUGUUUUUAAAGUUGUUGGGUUACAAGCAACAAGCAUCUUCCAUUUUAAGUUCUUCCAAUAAAUGUGUAAAUAGUCUGAGUAGAUUUAAGAUAGUUCAAAUAAAAAUAUAGAUACUUUUAGUGAAUUGAUUCACCUGGUUGAACGUUAAGAAAUCAUAUUUCUUCUGAAUUUUAGAUAGAUUGAAAACUUUUCGUUGUAUUUAUUUACAAGAAAGUCAUUUUGUGUUUCAAACUGGAAGGCGAUAGCCGAUAAGUGAACUUGUAUCAAUAAACUGAAGUAUUCUUA